CUGCACAUGUUUGACAUUGUAUGGUGGGCAGAAAUUAAACAUUCUGUUGUUUUAAUUUUGUGCGUAAAAGUGCAGACAUGGUGACUUCUAUCAGAUAAACGCACAAAACCGCGCGUUGGAGGAGACGAACCAUUAGCUAUAUAACGGGAGCAGGGUCUGUGUGCUCAGGUCCUCUGCUAUAAUUCUGGGCUUAAAGUAAGACAGGUAAACCGAAAGUGAAAAGACGGGAUAAAUAUAGCGGCAAUCAUGGUAAAUACACCCCUGUUUCUGAACAAUUAUUAUUAGAUUUUCAAAAAUAGAUGCAAUUUAACAUUCGAUUGGAAACAUUUAACUACUGUAAGUAAACACAAUCUGCUUCUAAUCGGCGAGGAUGAAGAUCGGGAGUCACGCCGUUAUUUUGUUCUGGCUGAAAUUCGUCAUCAGAGCUGACGGUUUCCUGCUACACGGCUCUGCUGGUCCUCUAACAGCCCGGCUGGGAGGAGCUGUACUGCUGCCCUGCUUUGUGGACAGACCCCUGCCUUUGGAGGAUCUGGAGGUGGACUGGAGAAGGACUGAUUCAGACACCAUCGUGUACCUAUUCCAGGAGGGUCAGAGCAGCCCUGAAUCACAGGGGGAUGCCUACAGGGGCAGAGCCCACUUCUUCUCUCAGGAAAUCCCCAAAGGCAACUUCUCUCUGCUGCUUGACAGUGUGAGGACUGCAGAUGCAGGAGUGUACAAGUGUGUGGUUUACAGAGAGCAGGAGCAACGUGAAACACGGGUGGAAAUACAGGAAGCAGAGCGGCUGGUGGUGACAGGUGCAGAUGAGCCUGUCUAUGCACAUGCUGGAGAGGAUGUGACUCUCAGCUGCUCUGUGGACACCCAUGUUAAUGUGGCAGAGCUUCAUGUGGAAUGGAGAAAGACAGACGAUGACAGUGACAUCUUGGUGCUUCUGUUCACUGAUGGAGAGAACAGACCAGAGUCUCAGGAUGGGAGAUACUCUGCAAGAGCUGAAUUCUUCACUGAGGAAAUUCCCAAAGGAAACUUCUCAAUGAAACUGAGGAAAGUCAGGAUGGAAGACAAAGGAGAGUUCAGGUGUGAAGUCCACUCAGAUACUGAUUCUGCCAGUACAACUGCCAGGAUAGCAGCACUGGGUUAUUCAUCCCUGCAUUGGCUGAUUCUGUGGCUGUGCAUCGCUGUCACACCUGUAGUCCUACUUACUGGUGCUUUAUCUGUCAGGCAUUUAAGAAGGGAAGAUAAAAGCAAACAGGCUCUGCUGAGUCACUGUUCACAUAUCACAGUCCCACAAAUCAUGGUUUCUGCAGCCUUCAUCCUGUGGGGUGUAACUGAAGGAACCACAGGAGAGGCUGUUACUUGUCCUGCCAUCAGUCUGAUGUAUAUCCUGCUGUUGAUAAAUAUGGCUCCAUAUCAGGAAUUAAUUGCAGUUUCAUGGCAGAAUAUUAUACUCAACACUCUGACAGCUGCAUUUCCCAUCAUUAUGGUCGGUGUCCUAACAGGUUCUUUCAUUGAGUUGUCAGUGAAAUAUUCCACAUCUCCAGCUGAGAAAGCGAUGUUUGGAGGAAUGUUUGGUGGAAUCAUAUUUAUAUUCAUCUUUUUUGUUUUAUUCCGAAUUGUUGACUUUGUGGUUUUCACAAAGUAUUCAGAAGACAGAGAAAAAAGAGAUAAAAUACUUAACUACAUAGCAGGAAUAACUGGAGUUACAUUCCUGGUCAUCUUGGCUUCAUCCAUCAUUGCUGUCAGUGUUUAUCUGGCGAAAUACUCAGCUCUACCUUGGGAAGGACAACUUGCAACAUUUUCCACUUUAUUAAUGUUUCCUGUCAUGAUGGUUUUAUUCCCAGUUGGUCUUGGUGUGUUUCGGAUAAUACGCUUACGAAGGAUGGGAGAAACAGUACGACUUAGGGACAUUUUUGUAAUCUUGGCUUCUUUCCUGUAUAACCCCAGUCUGUUUAACAUGCUGUUCCUUGCUAUUUAUUCCCAACUCUUUGCCUGGAAUAGCAAGACAUUUAAAUUAGAAUAUUCAAUUCCGAUUGCAGUAGCUGCUUUGGGAAUCUGUGCCUGCAUAAUUAUCAAGAGUUAUCUAUUGUAUUAUGAAAAAAAGCGCUUGGAGGGAUUUUACUAUUUUGCUCAGAAAAUCCUUCUGGGGAUUUUCUUCAUGCUUCAUCUAAUAUUAAGUUGCCUGUAUCUAAGUGUGAUUCUAGAAAAUGACAAAGGACGACCUGUAAAGAUCUGCGAGUUUGUGUUUAUCUACAUUGUGACUGUAACAUUGCUCUUUCAAUUCUGGAAACGGGAAUAUUUCCUUGCCGAACCCCAUAAAUAUGUAUAUUUCUCAGGGGCUUUUGGUCUCCCUCUCCUGAAUUCUGUUGCCCUGGCUGUAAUAUUAAUACUCAAAGCAGACACAGGAAAACAGCCACUUGAUCUACGGCUGAUUGUCCUGAUUUCUGGGUCUGUCUUCCUCUUUGGCUGGUUUGUUAUACAGAUGUCUGCUUACUGGUUCACCAAAAAAGAAAAAAUAAGAAAAGAAUUGGGUUUGGUUGAGAGAAAGCAAGAUCCUGAGCCAGACCAGGGAUCACAUAACAAUGAGGAGACUGUUGCAUUGUCCCACACUGAUCCCAAUGGACCAAACACAGAGGAGGGAUCACAUGAGAAUCAGGAGAUGGAGGCGUCAUCACCUGCUGAUCACAAUGAACCAAACCCAGAGGAGGUCUUCACUCAGAAAGUGGAGCAAACAAUCAAGGAGGAGGCAUGACUUCUUGGGUCCUGCAUCAUGUUUUUGGGUCUUAUGAACUUCAUAUGGUUUCAUGUAAGGUUUUCAUUGAGAUAUACUGUAUCUAUGGAGAUUCAGGGUGUUCGUUAUUAGAUUAAGUUUAAAAGCUUCAGGACAUUUGCUGCUGCUAGAAUGAAUAUAGUGUGAAUCCUGUUUUUAAAGCCUCCCAGCUCUUAUGCUGAGUGCUGCCUGAAGCUGUACCACUCACCAAGCUAAACAGCAGCCAAGGUGAAGCUGUACCGCUCACCAAGCUAAACAGCAGCCAAGGUGAAGCUGUACCACUCACCAAGCUAAACAGCAGCCAAGGUGAAGCUGUACCACUCACCAAGCUAAACAGCAGCCAAGGUGAAGCUGUACCACUCACCAAGCUGAACA